GGUGAAUUACGUGAAUGAAUGAAAAAAUAUAAAAAUAAUGAUUGCAAGUAAGGAGCUUCUUUCUCAUGGAAAAAAUUAUCCUACAAACCCAACUUCCAUUGCAAUUCAUGACCCCAAUUACAGCAAAAUUCUUCCCACCAAUUCGCUUUACUGUUCCCUCUAAAUCAUUCAAGGUUUUGUCCACCGCAUCUUCAGUAGCCAUUACCGAAAAUGCUCUUGUAGUAGAGCAAAACCCAUCCCAAGAAUCCACUAUUUCUCCAAGAAAUGGGGUUGCAAAGGGUAGGGGUUGUAAGGGAAUUCUUGAAAAUCAGCUGAAAAUGGACUGGUUGGAAUCUUUGUCUUGCCCAUUUCCUUAUACAAAGGAUUUGAAUAAUGGGUGGGUUAUUGGGGUUGACCCAGAUACUUCUGGGGCUUUGGCACUCUUGAAACCAGAUCAACCUCCUCAGGUAUUUGAUUCUCCUCACUUGAAGGUACGUGUUGGAAAAGGAGUGCGGAAACGCUUAGACGCAAAAGCUAUUGUUCAGUUGCUUCAAAGUUUUGAAGCUCCUUUAGGAACAACAGUGUAUAUUGAACAAUCAACUCCGUAUCCAAAAGAUGGUAAGCAGGGUUGGUGGAGCGGGGGAUUCGGCUAUGGACUAUGGAUUGGGUUGUUAGUUGCAUCUGGAUUUUCCGUUACUCCUGUGCCAUCUAGUGCGUGGAAGAGUGAGUUUCAACUUACAAGAGAACGCUCAAACAAGGAUUAUAGCAGGGAACUAGCAUGUUCAUUGUUUCCCUCUUUGAGUUCUUUAUUAAAAAGGAAGAAAGAUCAUGGCCGAGCUGAGGCUCUUCUAAUUGCUGCUUAUGGCAAAGGCAUGAAGAUAAAUUCUGAUUCUCUUUGCGAUGGAAAAUUAGAUGUCGUAGCAACUGGAGAGCCGGUCAAUGAAAUCCUUUUAUCAACCCCCAACGCGUAAUUGUUACUGGAGUGUUAACCCUUUGGAAGAAUCAUGCAGUAUAAGAGAAACAAUUAGUCGACGAGGCUUUUAAAUCAAUUCGAAUUUUCCCUACCUGACUCUGCGAAAUCUCAACGUAAAGCAAUGGCGAAAUCUAACUCAUCCUCUGUGUUUAACUUAAUUGGCAGUUCUGUUUAAUGUAACAUCAUCUAGAUUGUAGGAUAAGUUGUACAGAUUCCUCAUUAACCAAAUUCUAAGGGAAGGGGAAUUACAGACAAUUCCUUUUCCUAUAUUGUUUCAUCAUUGUAUUGAACGCACAUUUAGCAUGAAACACUGUUAUGUAU